GGCAAUGGCAUUCGCUCGGCGACUCUCACGCCGUAGACAUGUAUUAAUAACGCGGACGUUCUGUUGUCAAACACUCGCGCUCCGCUACAGCCAUCAUAAUAUUUAUUUUUAAAUCGAAUCGUGCCUGUUUCGGUUCUGCGUCUAAACAGUUUAUAUUCAUGAACCAAUGUGAUUGUGGUCCCGACUGCCAGUGCGCGUGGUGUCCUUUAUCGAUAAUAUUAUAACCUGUAUGACUUCAAGGGCAUGAGCGGCCCGUUUCUUGGAUGCGGUGCAAAGAGGCUGGUCUGAGGGUUCCGGCUUCCGACCUUGUUCAUUAAAUGUUAAAUAUAAGUGGGCGUAGCUUUUCGAAAGUUUCAAAAUCGAUCGUGACGUGUGUACCUUGUGCGUAGGAUUAAUUGACGUAAUAUUUGUUUACCUUGCUUGCACUGUGAAUAUAUAACAGAACAUUGAGUACUAAUUACCUACGGCGCUGCAAUAUUGACAGUUCUCUUGAAUAUUACAAACAUUGAAAGGUAUCAAUUGGAAUGAAUCAAGUGGACACCAACCGACCACGAGGGACAUUGUCCAGGUCGUGGGCGUGAGAUGGCGCGUGCGGGUAUGCUACACAAGGGAGGAAAAAGUGGCACAGAAGGGUGCGAUGACGUUCAGCGUUCUCUGGAGCUGCUAGACCAGGUGCUGAGCGAGUACGACGAGGGAGAGCCCAGGUCGCUGGAGCCGCGUGCGCAGCCCUCGGCCACGCCUGCCACGCCGGCUACUCCAGCCACGGACGACGACUCCCCGCUCGCCGGACACACCUCCGAGGACGAUGGAUAUAUGAGCAUGAACGGGAGACGUGCGAAAUUCGCGCUCGGCUUUCGACCAACAGAAGAACACGAGGAACCUUCACCUCCAGAGCUGAGAUCACCACCCUCGCCUCCACCACCUGAAGAAGCUGAAAGAAUUAUCUCGACCUUACUACCCAAAGUAUCUCCGGCAAAUUCCGCAAACCGUACAUCGUCUAUAGAGCAACGAGAGGCCGAAGAAAAGUUUGAUUCCAUUAUCAGUGUAAAUGGAAUCACCACUGCAACGCAAACAACCUUCCCAAAAACCAGACAUCAAAGACCUUAUGGGUGGGACAAAGAAGAAGAACUGAAUGGUUUUCAACUGCAACAACCACCCAUUCCUGCAUAUAAGUUUUCAUCUUUACAACAUGGCGCAAGACCUCCACAAAGUGAUAUCACACCGUCGUGGCUUCCACCAAGACAAGGGGUCUCACCAUCAACAGUCAAAAAGUCGCCUAGUUUUGAAAAUCCUGCAAUAUUUCCGUUCAUGGGUUUCUCUAAUGAAUUUAAUGAUAAACCGUAUAAUGAACAUCCGGUUACUAUUUAUCCGGGCCCUAAUAUACAAUUCAAUAGGCAAUCACAUUCACCUACCUAUAAAAUUCCCCCGUCCAAUAUUAAGAAUAUAGAUAAAAGAUUUAACUCCAAACGUGACAGUACGCCAGAUGGCGAAAUAUUAUUGUCACCGAAAACGAAAAUACCUCCGCGAACUCUCGCUGGUUCUAUGGAGCGACAUAGAGAAGUGUGCAGAGGAUCUACGGAGGAUAUAAUGGAGAGUUGUAGGCUGCGGAGUUCAAGCAAACUCAACGAUGAUGAACAUUUUUCUGAUGAUUCAUUAGAAGAGUCCUUACCUUCACCGCCGCCCAUUAACACACCUUCGAAACGUAAUUCCAUAGCAUGGGAAGUGUCCCUCGAUGGUGACGAUCCUUUACUGACACCGGGAAGUACAAAGGUUAUUGGAAGAAGACGAAGAAAGUCUGGUGACCAAUCACACUCGAGUACUAGUUCCAUUCCACAGCGACUUGACGAAGACUGGGGCGAAGAAUACUGGCCUCCCCCACCACCGAUUUGUGAUAGUCAAGCAUCACCCACCUCCGAAGUAGAGCUUGAACUGCGACGAGCUCAUGAUCUAGCAUGCGGUACAUAUGUCAUCAGAAAAGGCAGAAACCGUAAACAAUUACCAAGCUUUAACAAGAGCCCUAAUAAUAAAAACAAUUCUGGAAAUCUGUUGAAGUGUCAUAGUUUAAAUAGGAGCACUGAAAAGUCAAUUGAUGAAUCGAGUAUAUCUAUUAGUGGUUCCGGAUCUGUUGGCUCCUAUAACUCUAGGCCUAGUUCAGAUUUGAGUCUACCUCAAUCUAGAUAUAGUGUUGACCUAAAUUCUAGAUUAAGUCGUGAACUUAAUACACCCAACUCAAAAUACAGUAUAGAUCUCUGUACACCGAUUUCUAGGAUAAGUAAAGAAAUCGUUUCACCUAAAUCUAGACUUAGCUUGGAUCUUAAUAAUAGUCAAGAUAGGUAUGUUAACCAAGAGUUUUAUAGUCACAGUCCGAAAAGUAGAAAAGGAACAGGUGAUAAAAGAGAAAAAACACCGGUUGUCCCAACCAAACUAUCGCCACAAAGUAGAUUUGCUGAUUUCAAAAAGUAUUCUUCUACAUUCGAUAAUAUUCAAUCCUUAAUUAAAGAAGGAAAAGUAGAGGAAACUGAGCAAAACGAAUGCAAUGAGACUGUUAGCGAACUUUCCAUCGCUCCACCUAACAUGGUUCGCGUAAUCUCAUUACCAGCACUUGGAACUGAACCUGACAACAAUACAGCAAGUAGGCAAGCAUUAAUAACAACAGUAACAGAAGAAGAGGACCAAGAAAGUGGCGACCACGGUUCAAGUGGCAGCACAUCGCCCCUUAGAAAAAUAGAAAAUAAUAUAAGUGCUAUAUUAAGUCAUGGUCGGGACCAAAAACAUUAUACCCCAUAUAUACCUAAAGACUGGAAUAUUCAUAAGGAUGAAUAUUGCGAUGAGUUAUCUAAUGAGAUAUUAGAAAAUAAUUAUCGUUUCAGUUCAAGAGAAAGACAAAAAAGACAUGAUAUACAGAAGUCUUCCAGUCAUAAUGAAAUUCAGAACCAAAGGUCAAUUGAGCGUCGUGACCGUUCAUCAAGUAGAAGGUCGAACAGUAUGCAUAAAUCUGCGAGUGCAAAAGACGUGCCAGUAAAUUUGAUGCGUCAGCCGUCAUCAUCAGAUUCAGCAGUGUCAAGUGGAGGCGAUUUUCCCUUAAACGUUCAAAUUGUUGAGCAUUCUUACAGGCACAAUCAAUUGCCACCUUCUCCAAAUUUGGGACACGAGAUGGGUCCUUUACCACAAACACCUGAAUCUCCUAAAUUUCCGCCACUGCCGCCUUCACCUGUACAGGAAGUGGAAGAUGAAUAUACUGAGAUAAUGCAACCGCAAGAAAGACGUCAUGUGAUAAAAGCUGACACGUUGCCAACUCCUACGAUGGAGUUUAGACGAAGGCCGUCAGAGCCCCCUGCAGUACCUCCCCAUAGAGAUACAACCAAUAGUCUGAAGACGAGGUCUAUGGAAGCCAGUUACAACAAAAACAGAAGGAGCAGUAAUUUCAAGAGUGGCUCCACAGAUAGAAGGACACUACCCACAGACACCGGAGCAAGUGGGGCGCGUCGUCGUACUCUUCAGCGUCAGAAUCGCGACCCAUCGAGCGGCCGCGGACAAUUACAGACUUCUGCCAGUCUUCCAGAAACGCCAGUAUUUGCCCGCGGUUGCGAUGUUCCUCGGACUCCACCAAGAAACUCUACGGGACCGCCAAGGAACAACACAAUGAGCUCGGUUCAAACUAUAGGAAGCAGCGUCACAUUGGGAGGAUACGGGCGUGGAUCUGUUAUGGGUACUUCUGGGGUCUGCACGGGAGCUGAUCUGCUGCGACUGGGAGGACCUCCGAGGGGAUGGUACCCUCGCCAGAGACACCGGCCGGCUUCGAUAGAGCAUCUGGACAGAAUCACAGCUUCCUCGAAGAUGGCGGCAGACCACACCAUCAACUGGGAAGGCUCCUGUGCUCGCAAACCACUCACGCUGCCACCCAACUUAACGCCGAAAUUCUUUCAAAAGUCACCCAGAGAGGCUCUACGUAGAGUUACGAGCUUAUUAAUUAGAAAAGGUAACAAUGGCAGGGAGAAGGACAAUACAAAAAAUAAGGAGGCCACGUCGCCAGCGGCGCGCUCUGCUAACGGUGAGGAGCACCCUGGGCAGAAACAAAAGAAAGGAUUCUUUAGAAGUUUUUGGAAAAAGUCACGACAUUACUCUUUGGAGCAUCCGUGAGCUGCGAGAUAUUUACGGAAUUUUGAUUGUAUUUAGAAUGCUUUGAAUUUGAUCUCUGCAAAGAAUUAUUAAUCGGGAUCACGAUAAAAAUUGUUAAUAUUGACUGCGCACAAUAAUUAAACUUGUAUUAAUUGCAAUAUAAUAUUAACGCGACAAUUAACACAUUGUUAAUAUUAAGUUCUUUAGUGUACAUGUGUGAAUGUGGCUUAAAGUGUGUAGUUCUAAGACGUAGUAGGCUCUGACCGAAAUCUGUGACAUAAGUGAGACGUGACGGUUUUGUCAAUAGUGUACUAACAUAAUAAUAGUAUAUAACCUAAUUUUAUUUUAAGUAAAAGUUAAAACUAUUUUAGGAACUAUUAUAAUAAUACGCAAUAGCAUUACUUUUGUUCUAAUAGCGAUCUAGAAUAUGUAGAUAACUGAAGUUCUUAGUUAUCAAAUGUUAUGUUGGUACACUUAGUAUUUUCAUUAUGUAAGCUGGCUUAUAUAUUUCCUUUAAAAAUGUUUAAAUGCAUGUAUUCACAUUGAACUACAAUGGCACAAAAUGUUACCGAUUAUUGAGCAUAAUUUACUAUGCUAGUAUAUUAUAUUUUUCAUGUAGACUUUAGUCAUAUGAACUUUAUCCUUUGUACUUCUAGAAAUGAGAUCAUUUUUGAUGACUAUAAAUAACUCUUAACCUUUUAUACAUCCUUAUAUUCGAGUGUACUUAACUCACUAUUACUGUAGAUUUUGUCAAAGAAAUAAAUUAUGGUUAUUAGCAAAGGUUGUUUUAUUUGCAAGAUUGGCCGGGGAUAUUGUAAUUAAACACAUAUAGUAUAAUACAAA